AUGUCCGUCUCCGUCAACCCUCGACGAAGGACUCCGGUGACUCGCCCGGAGUCUCCUGCCGGCCUUAGCCUUAAGACCAACAUGACCCUCCGCAAGGGUGCUACCUUCCAUUCUCCUACCAGUCCUACCUCUUCAGAAGACGAUGCCUUGGCCUCCCCUCCUAGCCUUCGACGCUCCCAGACCAACUUGGACGACGUCGUCGAUGCUCACUGCCGCCGCACUGCUCUGAUUCUUGACGACAUUGAGAACUCGCUUUCAAACUUUAACAUUGUCUCCCCCAAGGCUAAGUCCUUCCGGGACGACAGCCUUCCCGUGCCCAGAGGCUUCCUCAACCUUCCCGUCGUUGAUCCCGCCAUGGCAAAAGAGAAGUCAAAGGAAGCGGAACGCCGCAUUCUGCGUCCCAGAACCCGCCGUUCCUCGAGACACCAUGAAUCAGACAGCGGACUCGGUACCUCUGUUGCACCCACCACCGAGACAGAGCCUGCGUCCACCGCAUCAAAGAAGGCGUCCGCCAUUACCAGGUCGGCCGCUGCUGCCUCAUCUACCAAGGAGAAGCUUCCUGGCCUCAGCUCCAAGGCCGUCAACCGCAUCCACGAGCACAUUCUGCGUCCUCUCCGGGCCAAGCCUGCCCUGAAGGACUUUGAGCCGAUUGUUCUCGACGUACCCAGACGUAUUCGCGAGAGAGAGAUCAUCUGCCUGAGAGACCUCGAGAAGACUUUGAUUUUUAUGGCACCGGAGAGGACCAAGACCGCCGCCUUGUACCUCGACUUCUGCCUGACGUCGAUCCGCUGCAUUCAAGCCACCGUGGAAUACCUGAGCGACCGAGAACAGACUCGACCUAACGAUCGGCCUUACACUAACGGAUAUUUCAUCGAUCUUGUCGAACAGCUUCAUCAGUACGCAGGCCAACUCGCUGCCGCUAAAGAGAAGGGAGACGUUGAGAUGGACGUCGACCCCACCGACGAGAUCAAGCUUUACGGUGGUAUCACUGAGAACGGACGCCCUGCUGAGCUUGUCCGCAUUCGCAAAGACGGCAAGGCCAUUUCUAUGGCUACCGGACUGGAGGUUGACCUUGACGAGACUGGCUCCAUCAAGAUGAAGCGCUCCAUGAGCCAGCAGUUGGAGGAUGAUGAGGAGAUCAUGCGUUCUAUGGCCCGCCGCAAGAAGAACGCCAGCCCUGAGGAGCUCGCUCCCAAGAAGUGUCGCGAGCCUGGCUGCAACAAGGAGUUCAAGCGCCCUUGUGACCUCACCAAGCACGAGAAGACCCAUUCUCGUCCCUGGAAGUGCCCGGUGAAGAGCUGCAAAUACCACGAGUAUGGGUGGCCCACUGAGAAGGAGAUGGACCGUCACCACAACGACAAGCACUCUUCGGCUCCGCCGAUGUAUGAGUGCAUGUUCAAGCCAUGCCCGUACAAGUCGAAGCGCGAGUCCAACUGCAAACAGCACAUGGAGAAGGCGCACGGUUGGACUUACGUCCGCACCAAGACCAACGGCAAGAAGCCCGCCAGCAAGGCCGGCAGUGUCACUCAUGCCACUCCUCAGCUCAACCACAUGCCCACUCCUUCCACAAGCAGUGCUGCCACUCCUCCUCCGCCAAUGGACCAGGCCCAGCACUUCAACUUCAACGACCCUAUCCUCGCCCCCCUGCACCCCAUUGGCCCUGUUCCCGACUUCGCCACUCACAUCGAUGGCAUGCAGUUCCCCUCGUACAUCUCGGAUGAAGAGUUCGAGCAAGUUAUUGGAGUCCAGCAGCCGUUUGACAACCAACUGGAGCUGGAAAUGUCCAUGUCUCCUUCUGACCACAACACUCCCAACACUGACGUGUCCUAUGGCCCAUACUCUUACCAGGAAGGCCCGGACUUCACUGUGAACGAUGACAUCUAUGCCGCUCACGCCCAACUCCCCACUCCCGAUCGUGCUGUCUUCGCCGACAAGCAGAUGAACAUGGCUUUCCCCAUGUACCAGUCUAUCACUGCUUGCCAACCACAAAUUAUCCCCGCUCAGCCUGCUCCUCACAUCUCCCCGAUUGGCCAGGUCAAUGCUAUGCUCUUUACGCCAAACUCGCUGGCUGAAGUGGAUGAGGGCUUUGAGGACACCUACAACACUGGUGGAAACGACUUCUGUGGAAACGAUUUCCAGCUGUUCCCAACCAACACCGCCACCAAGACGUUUGAACCUUUGUUUGGUGAGGUCCCAAGUGCUGGUCUUGGCUACUCCCAGACAUCGCAGGACCCGUUUCAGUCUCUCGACUGGAACAGCAUGGACUACCAGAACUUCCCAAGCCAGUAA